CCCCCCCCCUGCUGAUGAUAAAAAUGACUUAGUUCAAAUGAUGAGCUGCAAAGUAUUGCGUAGUAGUACUAUGUGCUACCGACAUUGCUCUGCUCUGCGGUUCCUGAUAUGCCGAGCUGCAAAGUGCGGCAUACUACGUACUACCUGCGGCGCAGUCCUGCUCAUGAAGUUGAACCUGCCAAGCUGAAGCCGCAAACUAUCGCAUACCGUGUACUCUGCCUGCAGUGCACUGCUGAUAAUGCUGAUGAUACGAUGGACUUAGUUCGAAUGACGAAAUGCGAAUUAUACGUGCGCGAUCAACAUAAGCUAUGGAGGCAAGCAGGCGUAGGAGCAGAAGAGAUCAGCACCGGCAGCAGCUCGAGUUCGGGGUGGAAUCCUUCGAUGGCAGCGGUUGAGCUGAAUACAGCAACUGCCACCCAGCUUGUUUCAGAGUACAUCAUCGAAGGUCGACAACAUUCGAUAAUCGAUUUCAGUGAUCAUUUGGACGAUAUAUCAAAAGACUGGAUGAAUCCGGGCUUGUUUGCAUGAACAGCGUAACUGAACCUAGGCUAAUUAUCCGUUAUGAUUCAGUGACAUUCAUUCUUUUCUGCAAUGGAGCAUUUUGAACUUUUCUCG